AGUGUCAGAAAACACCCCGGUUCAGCUCCGAAGAGUCACGCUCAUUUACUGACUCAAAGUAAUUGGAAGCAACAUCCGUGCUCUCUGCUUGGAGUGAACUGGAAGUUGAAUGUGCGAGGACACGCGGCGGGAACGCCAGAGUACGAACAUGUCUUCUAGUGAUAAGAAGCCGACAGACGCAGAGACUCUUAAAAAGAGCAAGAAGAAGCAGAAGAAGGAAGACGCCUGGAGACCGGAGGGACCCAGAGACCCAUUUGCUUUGCUGGAUUCUUUGCCAGAGAAGAAGCAGCAGGAAAUCCAGAAAGCCCUUCACCUCUUCUCUUUGAGCUCAGACCUACCCAAGACCCUGCAACAGGCCAAGAAACACACCUACCGCUUCUGGGACACUCAGCCUGUCCCCAAACUGGGUGACAGCGUUACGACUCACGGGCCGAUAGCAGCAGCUGAAGCCAGUGUCCGGGAGGAGCCCUACUCCCUGCCUCCAGGUUUCUCCUGGGAUACUCUGGACUUGAGCAGCCCCGCAGUGCUGAGAGAGCUCUGCAGCCUCCUGAAUGAGAACUACAUGGACGAAGACGACAACACCAUCAGAUGUGAAUUCUAUCCAGAGUAUCUGCAGUGGGCUCUACAGCCUCCUGACUGGCUGGCCCAGUGGCACUGCGGCGUGAGGGUAGACACCAAUAAGAAGUUAGUCGGCUUCAUUGCUGCCGUUCCUGCAGAUGUUCGAAUAUACGAGACGGAGAAGCGGGUGGCGCAGGUCAAAUUCCUGUGUGUUCAUAAGAAGCUGCGCCUCAAGCGGAUGACUCCGGUUCUGAUCCGAGAGCUCACCAGACGGGUCAACCAGCAGGGCCUGUGGCAGGCCGUCUACACGGCCGACACAGUCCUGCCCUCACCGCUGAGCUCCUCCAGAUACUGGCAUCGCCCUCUGAAUCCCCGAAAGCUGAUGGAGGUCAACUACCCAGGUCUGAGGCCAAACAUGAAUCUGCAGAGAGCGCGCAAGUUCAACCGUUUGCCUGAGGAGACAAAGACGCGAGGCCUGCGCUCCAUGACAAAAGCAGAUGUUCAGAGGAUACACUCACUGCUCCAGACAAACCUCUGCAAGUUUCAGUUUAGCCCCGUCUUGUCCCUGCAAGACGUCGAGCACUGGCUGCUGCCAAGAGAGAACGUGAUUGACACCUACGUGGUGGAGGGUGAUGAUGGGGGGCUGACGGACGUGGUGAGUUUCUACAGCGUCUCGUCCAGAGUGCUGAAUCAUCCCGUCCACGCCGGCGUCAGAGCAGCUCAUCUCUUCUACGUUGCCUCGACUGCCACGGAGCUGGCGGACCUGGUGGAGGAUGCACUGGUUCUGGCCAAGUCUAAAGGUUUUGAUGUCUUCUCUGCUCUCGACGUGAUGGACAACACGAGCUUCGUGGAGAAGCUCAAGUUCAGCAUCGGCGACAGGACCGUUCACUACUACUUGUACAACUGGAUGUGUCCGAAAAUGAGGCCAGACAAGGUGAGCGUGAUGCUGCCCAACUGAGAUGAAGAUGAAAGCAUCAGAGUGACUGACAGGAAACAGCAUCAACGCUAAUGAAGACGGACUGAAAAAUAAUGAACCGACAACACACAAGCAAGAAGAGAAUAAAGAUGAAAUUGAGUUUGUAAAUUAAUUCGUUGUUCAUGUAAUAUAAUAACAGAACUGAGUUUGUGCUUGUUUGUGCACUAAAAAAAAUCAAAUAUAUUUUUAUUCUUUGUUUUAAAAUCA